AGGGCACCAGGUUGACGGUGGCCGAGAAGGUCCGGCAUGGAGCAUCUGGAGCGCUGCGCGUGGUUUCUCCGCGGGACGCUGGUGAGGGUGGCGGUGCGGCGCUACCUGCCCUGGGCGCUGGUGGCCGCCAUGCUGGCGGGCUCCCUGCUCAAGGAGCUGUCCCCGCUGCCCGAGAGCUACCUCAGCAACAAGCGCAACGUCCUUAACGUGUAUUUUGUUAAAAUGGCCUGGGCCUGGACAGUCUGUCUCCUCCUGCCUUUCAUUGCCCUCACCAACUACCACCUGACAGGCAAGACUAGCCUGGUUCUUCGGCGGUUGAGCACUCUGCUUGUGGGCACAGCCAUCUGGUAUACCUGCACAGCCCUCUUCUCCAACAUUGAACACUACACAGGCAGCUGCUAUCAGUCCCCAGCCCUGGAGGGCAUCAGACAGGAGCAUCGGAGCAAACAGCAGUGCCACCGGGAAGGGGGCUUCUGGCAUGGCUUUGACAUCUCAGGCCACUCCUUCCUACUGACCUUCUGUGCACUCAUGAUUGUGGAGGAGAUGGCGGUGCUGCAUGAGGUGAAGACGGAUCGCAGCCACCACCUCCAUACUGCCAUUACCACCCUGGUUGUCGCCUUGGGCUUCCUGACCUUCAUCUGGGUAUGGAUGUUUUUGUGCACAGCUGUUUAUUUCCAUGACUUGACCCAGAAAGUGUUUGGCACCAUGUUUGGCUUGCUGGGCUGGUACGGUACAUACGGGUAUUGGUACCUGAAGUCUUUCUCUCCAGGACUUCCUCCCCAGACGUCUAGUUUGACUCUGAAGCAAGAUACUUACAAGAAAUAAAAGAGAAAGAAAUGGGGACAGGAGGACAAUGGCUAAUAGAUGUCCCACCUACUUUGUCCAGUGACUGGCUGAAUUAUUGGGUCCCACUUCAGAGAGGACCCUUAGAGGAUCUUUGGAAUGGGGUGGAGUCUGGGAAACAAGCUUAGUCCUCAGGUUCUGCUGGUGGUGCCACCGUAUCGCCAGCAGCGCCAUUCCUGUCAGAGUCGCCUCAUCUCUGUCAAGACAUGACCUUAAUCUGUUCGGAGAUGGAGAGCUAAGGCUCAGCAGAGGGACAGGAGACAGCCUCAUUGUGUCAAGGGGAAACCAGAGCUUCAGUUCUCCCUCUGCUGUGGUCUCUCUGGCUCUGGUUCUCCUUAGAGUUUAGUGGCCACGUUAAUGCUGUUGUUUUAACAGUGUUUCCCCGUGGCUGAUUCUGAGAUAAGCAUUCUCUCUGGCAGGUUCUUUACUAAACACCCCAAUGCCUAAAAAAUUCUCUGCCUGUAGUAUCCAUACCCUCUGUGGAGUUGACAAUUGCACCUGACUGUGAUCAGUUCCCAACAAGGGCCCACCACCCUGCAGUGCCUGGAUGAUUUUGUUGUUGUUGUUGUUGUUUUGUUUUUCAAGACAAGGUUUCUCUUUGCAGCCCUGGCUGUCCUUGACCUCACUUUGUAGACCAGGAUGGCUUUAAACUCACAGCGAUUCACCUGCCUCCGCCUCCUGACUGCUGGGAUGAAAGGCUCAAGCCACCACUGCCCAGCACCUGGAUGAUUUUUAUGUAGUGGACAGUAAGCUUUUUCUGUUCGCACUGUGUAUUGUUAUGUGUUGAUUUUUGGAGCAGUAACAGAGAACCCCAUUACCCCCUCUUCUUCCCUGAGUGGGUGCUGUAUGGUUUUCAAUCAUCACUAUGACAUUUGUUCUUUGUUGACAAUGUUCCAGUACUGCCCUUUGGUGUGUGAAAACUGUUUUGAGGGUUUUUGUUUUGUUUUUUAGAACACUAACUUUUUAUAAGCCAAAAUCUCAGGCUAAUCAUAUUAAACUCCACCUCAUAGGAUUGUGCUCUCUGUGGUAAUAAAACUGGAGCAGGGGCCAUGGUGCUGCAGGCCCAGCACUAAGGAGGCAGAGGCAGAGGGAGGCAGAUCUCUUAGUCUGAGGGUACCCUGCCAGGGCUGCAGAGUGAGACCCUGAUUCAAAAAAAAGGGAAAGAAAAUAAAAGAAAGACUAAAACUGAAAUGCAGACACUUUCAUUAUUUGAUAUAUUUUAAGCUGAGAGAGAAAUUCUGUCAAGUGAUUGUAUGGAGAAUUUCAGAUUUGGGUUUGGGGACCUCAUAGGAUCAUAGGACAAUUACCACAGCCCAAGGGAUAUUUACCUUUGGAGAUUAUGAUUAUUUAGAGGUGAAGUAAAAUGUCUCCUCUUGUGCAGGAAGCCAGCUGGCAUGCGAAGCCGCCCAUAUUACGUAUCAUUGCCAUGCAGAGUUGUCCACGUUACAUAGUGGCAUAGCUCAGCAGUCAAGAGCACUGACUGCUCUUCCAGAGGACCUGGGUUCAGUUCCUAGCACCCACGUGGCAGUUCACAUAGUAGCAUGCUUUUGGCUUGCUUCCUCAUCCUCAUCUCACCAACGGAACAACCUAAAAGGGGGGCAUUUAAUAGCCGCAACAUUUUUUCUUGGCAUCGCUGCCUAGUUUUCAGCCGUGUCAUUACGUGGCCCUCACUGUGACUUCUAGGGAAGUCUUGCAACCCAUGUCCCACACGGCAGGCUUCUAGUCUCGGAUAAGAAGGCCCCUGUCCUCCCUCAGGUGAUCGUCUUCAGCCUUUCACACCGGAGCCCCCGGCCUUUUGGAUGAACAUCCUUGAAGCUGCUUUGACGCCUCUUUCCUGGCAGAGCUGGCUAAUGGCAUUAACUGAUAAGCUUUGGCCUGACUCAAGCUCAUGUUGUUAGGCACUUAGUAAAUUAAGAGUAGCUUCUUUCUUUUUAUUUAAUUUUAUUUUUUAAAUUAAAUUAAAUUUUUUUUUUUUUUUUUUUUUUUGAGUCAGGGUCUUACUUUACAGCCCUGGCUAGUCUGGAACUCUCUAUGGACCAGGCUGGUCUCAGACUCACAGAAAUCCACCUGCCUCUGUCUCUUGAGUGCUGGGAUUAAAAGUAUACUAAGAUUAAAGCCACCACAUCUGGCUAUUAAGGAAUUUUUAAAAAUAUAUAAGAAUCUAUUUAAAAGACGUAUUUUAUAUCCUGUUGAGCUACAGGUCAGCUUGACCAAUUGCAAUGUAAGAUGUGAGAUGCUAUCACCAAAGGGGAAGAAAGGCAGGCAGUGUCACCAUGAUGCUUUGGUGAGUUGACAAUGGACUGAAAGGGUGUUUGACCAUCUGGGAUUUUCCAUCCAUCUUCCCUGGGUUGGAGUGGGCCUGGCGAAGAUGGUAGGGCUGGCUACCAGAUAGCCUCUCAAGCUUCAUGUCCACAGCAGAAGGGAGCAGACACAGGAGGCAUCCACAGGCUCAUCUGUCACAUCGAAUCUUUGGACGUUUUUGUCCAGUGGUCUGAGCAGGUUUAACAUUAAGCUGACUAGGAGUAGAAACUUUGUGUUGCUCAGCAUUUUCUGCAUAUGAGCUGGAUUAGACUACCUGCAUAUUCUUGGUAUGCCUCCAUCUCCUCUCCCGGGGCUGGGGAUGGAACCCAGGGUUUUGUGCAUGUUGGACAAGCCCUCUGUCCCUGAGCUAUACCCCGAGUCCCUCAGAGCCCGUGCCUUCCCUCCAGUGAGGAAGCAUGGCAUGGCUGAGUGUUUGGGCUUGGGCAGCCAUGAGAUGGAGGUUUGAAAGUUGCCGUCAUUCCCAAACCACCUGACCAGUGUGCAAGCCUUGCUGCCCUUGUCUGUAAAGUGGAGGCGAUUCUUUUAGUGCCUAAAGGAAAGACAUGUAAGAUGCUGAGCACGCGUGCUGCAUGGGCUGUUUGCUCCCCACCUUUCUCUUGAUGGCAUUUAUAGUGUUCUGGCUCCUCUAGAGGAAGCAGAGGAACCAACAUCUGUUGAGGAGUCUGGCUCUCCCAUUGAAGUAGUCUCCAGUCAUCUUUCAAAGUGUCUGUUGUCCCUCGGUGUUAAACAUGAGGCUUUGGGAGCAUCUGACCAGAGUCAUGCCAUGCUAUUUUGCUUCCCUGUGUGGAGGUUUGCUCACUAGCUUCCAUGUAUAUCUGUCACUGUCUGGGUACCAGAUUGUAUUUAGAGAACGGCUCAUGCCACUGUUAUGUACACACAGAGCCCAUGUGUAAACAAGCAAAUUAAAAUGCACUGGAGAUAAUGGAGUCCCAUA